AUCAAGAGGGACUAGAGAACAGGACAUGGGAGGAGGCUUUCAGGCCUCAGAAGUUGGUGGUAAACAGUGUUUCCUUAAAUCAAUGGUUGAACAUGUGGGCCUAUCUUUGCAACAGCGCCUCUGGAAUGUCAGGAUUUCCUAUCUGGGUUCAGCUAAUUCCUCAGAUUAUGUUUGCUGUUCAAGUAGGCCAGGAUAAGGGAAAUCAGAUUACUAAACAGCAUCUCAGGAAUUUCUACAAGGUGUUUUCUGGAAAAGAGGGGGCAGACCUUGAUGCUCUGGCUGAAAAUGGUUAUAACACCAUGACUGCGAACGGAGAUUAUAUCCUGGAUUUGGCCAACUAUGAACUUCUCUUCGCCAACUUCCUUCUCGGGAAAACUAUCUAUGGUCCAGGAAAAUAUAUCUUUGGAUGUUUCGACAACAGCGACCUACAGAGGAAGUAUGAAAUCAUUCACGAAGUGGAAUAAGAAGACGACAUUAUAAAGCACUGAUUUUGUUUUGUUUUUAAAUUUGCUAUUAUACAAGGGACCUGUCAAUUUGUUGUGUUAAAUUUGUAUGCAUCGAUUAAUAAUAAAGUACUUAACUAUA